AUGUCAUCCGGAGAUAUCAACGGCGGCCAGUCCUCAUCGACGACCAAGCUGACCAGGUCUCAGCACAACGGCACCGAGGCGGAUCAGGCCGUCGGCUUCCAGCCACAGAAGAACAUGACGGUGCAGCCACCGAAGCAGGAGGACCUCCAGCGCAGCUACGCGACGGUGGUGGACAGCGAGGCCAGCCCCAAGGGGUGGUACGGCAGCAUGAUCAACACGUUCGGCGCCGUGGCGGGCACCAUGGGGGCCAUCCCCUGCUGCAUCGUGUGCCCCAACCCGUACAACUCGGUGUCGCAGGGCAACGUCGGGCUGGUGACCAAGUUCGGCCGCUUCUACAAGGCCGUCGACCCGGGCCUGGUCAAGAUCAACCCGCUGUCCGAGCGCCUGAUCCAGAUCGACGUCAAGAUCCAGAUCGCAGAGGUGCCUGAGCAGACGUGCAUGACCAAGGACAACGUCACCCUUCGCCUCACCUCCGUCAUCUACUUCCACGUCGUGGCCCCGCACAAGGCCGCCUUCGGCAUCACAAAUGUCCGCCAGGCCCUCAUCGAGCGCACCCAGACCACCCUGCGCCACGUUGUCGGCGCCCGCAUCCUCCAGGACGUCAUCGAGCGACGCGAGGAGAUCGCCCAGUCUAUCGGCGAGAUCAUCGAGGACGUCGCCGCCGGGUGGGGCGUCCAGGUCGAAGCCGCCAAAUUGAUGCGCCAGGCCGCCGACAUCCUGAGCUCCGCCCCCGCCAUGCAGAUCCGAUAUCUUGAGGCUAUGCAGGCCAUGGCCAAAUCGGCUAACAGCAAGGUCAUCUUCCUGCCUGCUGCUAACCAGACCAUGAACCUCUCCGGUCCUGCCGGUGCCGCCGCCGCCGCCGCCGCCGAGACUGGCGAGGACCUCUCCCGCCAUGGAGACUUUGGAGGUCAGCAAGAUCCCGGUUUUCAGAGUGCCAUGAACGCUCGCAUCGUGGAGAACAUUUAA